GAAGAAAGCGCAGUGGCGGAGGAAGCGCUCAACUCGGAACAGGCCCACAGAGUGAAGGAUGAACAAACAUUCAGAUUUGAACUUGAGUGCGACGAUUGCUGAGGGAAAAGACCUUGUUGACUGACCUCUCAACUGACUUUGUGUUGGGAUUUUUGCAUUUUCAAAAUAAAAACAGCGGAGAGCGACGAAGAGAAACAGGAGAAGGAGGGGGUGGGCGAGCUCAGUAGUGAGAGAGGGUGCAUGCGCCUGUGCCACAUCGAGAUGUUCAUGAUCAUUCGGGAGUCGGCGGCUGCGGGAGGCGGUGCUGCAGCCAUGAGCGUGCCACAGGAGAGGACCGCCAAACAGGUUCAGGCUUCCAUCAAGAAGAAGGUAGAGAAGCAGAGGAAGCGCACCGAUGAGCAGGGAGGAGGCAUCACAGCAGACAUCCAAGUGUCCACAGCGCAACUUGAGCACCAUCACAAAGGCGUCCACCUCCUGAAGACGGCUUCCGAGAACGGGCGAACGCUGGAAGAGAGGCUGGAGCAGAUGAUGGAGGGAGGGCAGAGGAAAGUCACCGUAAGGGAGCAGGUGGAGGAGUUGGAGCCUGUCGACUUGCUGCCCAUCGUGGACUCUGUAUUUGGACAGGACCGAGAGCUGAGACCAGAAGAGCUGGACGAGCUUCGUGAAGCUUUUGUGGAGUUCGAUAAGAAUAAGGAUGGCUACAUUAGCCACAAAGACCUGGGGGAGUGCAUGAGGACCAUGGGAUACAUGCCCACCGAGAUGGAGCUCAUUGAAUUGAGUCAGCAGAUUUGUGGAGGCAAAGUGGACUUUGAGGAUUUUGUGGAGCUGAUGGGACCCAAAAUGUUGGCAGAGACUGCAGACAUGAUUGGAGUGAAAGAACUACGCGAUGCAUUCAAAGAGUUUGACUCCAAUGGUGACGGUCAGAUCAGUUUAACGGAGCUACGUGAGGCCAUGAAGAAACUGAUGGGAGAACAAGUGACCAACAGAGAGAUCAAUGAGAUUCUCAGAGACGUGGACCUCAAUGGAGAUGGUUUGGUGGACUUUGAGGAGUUUGUGAGAAUGAUGUCCCGGUGAUGUGUACCACAUGAGCAAUGGCAUUAAACAGACAAACCAGGGAUCACACCACAUCUUCAAUUUUCUGUAGCUACUGUAUGGUUUUCCAUUUUUAUAUGUAUAAAAACAAAUAUAAUAAUAAUAAUCAAGAUUAAAUGUGACAGAAAUUGUAUGACAAAAAGACACGCAAAAGUGCUGGGACACGUUU